AUAAUUUAGUACUUAAUUGAAAGCUAAUCGAAAAAGAUAUCGACGCCUUUGAAUGUACAUCUCUGACAAACACGCCAGAAAAGUUUAAGCUGUACAAAAAGCUACAAAAUUUGUCAGUAUUCGAAGCAGUCAAGCCAAUUGGAAACGGAAAAUGUCCCAGAUAGACAAUACGUUCAUCAAGCUGCGAGCUCGUCUUCGUGAGCGUAACAUCAAGUUGUGGGAGGAGCCGUACUACUUCGAGGGAGUUGGCAGUAUUGAGUCGGAAAUGGAUCGCCUGGCUGGGGAUUUGUGCGGUGACCUCGGAAUCAGCAUUUCCAAUUGCAAGUGUGCUCUAACUGAAUUGCAGGAUGGCGCCUUGAGAAAACUGGCCGCCCGCAACGAGUUCAAUGAAACGGGAAUGGCUACAUUCAAAGUGAGGUGCGUGGACAGCAAAGGCGGCACCGCCCAGAUGCUGGACAUCAAGUGCCCAUUGAACGGUCUGGGGUCAGAUUUGCAAAAGGAUGUGGCCAAAAAGCUGAACAUUAGCGACUACACUCACAUAAAGUGCAUAUGCGGAGGACGCAUUAUUGACGGUCUCAAGCCUCUGGCCAGCCAAGGCGUUAAAAACAACCAGCAGCUCAUGGUCGUCGUUGGUGUACAACAGCAAGGUGAGGAUCUUCACGAGCGCAUCCAGCGCAUCAGGGCCGAUGUGGAGGUUAUUGCUUCUGCUGAUGACCGAUUCAUGGAAAUGGAAGACCAAGAUGGACGACCCAUUUUCUUGCCACCAGAUGAGAAUCGUUCACUUUUGAUGGCCAUGGGACUUUGCGAGAAGGCCAGAGCUGCCAUGCGUAGGGAGCAAUUCGAUGAGGCCUUACUGCUCCUCCUGGAGGCCGAUGCCCUAUUCUCACACUGUGACUCAAAAUUCUUGGACGCUGUGGACAACUACGCCCUUUUGAACCUAGACAUUGUGUGGUGUUACCUUUGUCUCAAGAACAUCACCCAACUUCCUGAUGCCCAGCGACGUUUGGAUAUUUGCGAGAAAAAUUUUCGUCGCAGCUAUGGCGAUCAAUUCGAUCGAUUGUACUCCAUCCGGGGCUCGAGUUGCCCUGAACGAGCCUUAAUCAUGAGGUUGCACCUUCUCCAAGGUGUCCUUCUUUUUCACCAAAAUCGAAGGGACGAGGCUUACGAGAAGCUGGAGGAAGCUUCCCGGGCUUUGGAGGAAUUAAAAGUUAACGAUGAUCAGCUUUCAGCACUGCUGGAAAUGGGCUUCGAGGAAAGCGAUGCUAGAUUGGCUCUGCGAUCAACUGCCGGAAACGUGGAUAGGGCCGUAGAGUUUAUCCAAGAACGCAAAGAAAAACUGAAGGCCGAACGCCGCAAUUCUGCUCCAGCCAGAAAAGUAAACCAACAAAUGAGAGAGGCUAAUGCUGGGCGAGACUGGGUGGAUCCCAGAAGCGUUUGCCGCCUGAUGGAAAUGGGCUUCGAAGGGGUGUUAGUGGUCGAGGCGUUGCGACGUACCCAAAAUGAUCUCGAGCAAAGCCUGGAACUCCUUCAGCGUCAUUCCAAUGAUCUCAGAUCCAAUUUGCCAACCCCUCCUGUGGCGGAUGAGGCUCUGCUUUCUACCCUUCAGCAACUUGGCUUCAAUCUACAAUCCGCUAGGGCUGCCCUGGAAACCACUGGCAAUGAUUUCCACAAGUCUGUGGAAUUCUUACUCAAGAGUUUUGGCAACAAAGAGGAAUUACUCAGAGUAAUUUCCGCCAUGAAAAGGAUGGUAGAAGAUAAUGCUCCUUCUGGAUCCAACAGACCGACCACCAAUUCCUCCAUUCCAGCUGUUAACUUGUCGAGUGAUAUGUUGGCUUUAAUCCGCUCGGUUUUGGCAAAGGCAAAAUUAGAAAUGGAGUCGUAUACCGCCUUUAAGAGAUUUCAUGAGGACUUGUCGGGUAAUCAUCUGGAGUACUUGGAUCUACCGCUUAUUCAAGAAGAGCAAAUCUUGUGCGAGUAUAGGCAUCUAUUGGAGAGAUAAAGGAUCUAGGAAUUACUUUUCGUCAAAUAUA